GGCUCGCAGAGCCGGGCGCGCACAGCUGAGCGCAGGGUCGUCGGGGGCCCCGACCAUGGGCACGGCGGCGGCGCUCCUGCUGAGCCUGGCGCUCCUGGCGCCGCGCGCGGCCGCAGCGGGCAUGGGCGCGUGUUACGACGGCGCGGGGCGCCCGCAGCGCUGCCUGCCCGUGUUCGAGAACGCGGCGUUCGGCCGGCUCGCCGAGGCCUCGCACACGUGCGGCCGCCCGCCCGAGGACUUCUGCCCGCACGUGGGCGCCCAGGGCGCGGGGGCACCGUGCCAGCGCUGCGACGCCGCCGACCCCGCACGCCACCACAACGCCUCCUACCUCACCGACUUCCACAGCCAGGACGACACCACGUGGUGGCAGAGCCCGUCCAUGGCCUUCGGGGUGCAGUACCCCACCUCGGUCAACAUCACCCUCAACCUGGGGAAAGCUUAUGAGAUCACCUAUGUGCGGCUGAAGUUCCACACGAGUCGACCCGAGAGCUUUGCCAUCUACAAGCGCAGCCGGGCGGGGGGCCCCUGGGAGCCCUACCAGUACUACAGCGCCUCGUGCCAAAAGACCUACGGCCGGCCCGAGGGCCUGUUCCUGCGGCCGGGCGAGGACGAGCGUGUGGCCUUCUGCACCUCCGAGUUCAGCGACAUCUCCCCACUGAGCGGGGGCAAUGUGGCCUUCUCCACCCUGGAGGGCAGGCCCAGUGCCUACAACUUUGAAGAGAGCCCUGUGUUGCAGGAGUGGGUCACCAGCACGGAGAUCCUCGUCUCCCUGGACCGGCUCAACACGUUUGGGGAUGACAUCUUCAAGGACCCCAAAGUGCUACAGUCCUACUACUACGCCGUGUCAGACUUCUCGGUGGGCGGCAGGUGCAAGUGCAACGGGCAUGCCAGCGAGUGUGGCCCAGACGAGGAGGGCCGGCUGGCCUGCUGGUGCCAGCACAGCACCACGGGCGCGGACUGCGAGCGCUGCCUGCCCUUCUUCCAGGACCGCCCGUGGGCGCGGGGCACGGCCGAGGCCGCCAACGAGUGUCUACCUUGCAACUGCAGCGGCCACUCUGAGCAGUGCACCUUUGACCGGGAGCUCUUCCGCAGCUCGGGCCACGGUGGGCGCUGCCUGGGCUGCCGUGCCCACACAGCUGGGCCACACUGCGAGCGCUGCCAGGAGAACUUCUAUCGCUGGAGCCCGCGGACGCCCUGCCAGCCCUGCGACUGCCACCCAGCAGGCUCCCUGCGCCUCCAGUGCGACGACUUGGGCACCUGCGUCUGCAAGCCCACGGUGACGGGCUGGAAGUGUGACCGCUGCCUGCCUGGGUUCCACUCGCUCAGCGAGGGCGGCUGCAGACCCUGUACCUGCAAUCCUGCGGGCAGCCUGGGCACCUGUGAUCCCCGCAGUGGGCGCUGCCCCUGCAAAGAGAACGUGGAAGGCAACCUGUGUGACAGAUGUCGUCCGGGCGCGUUUAACCUGCAGCCCCACAACCCCGCCGGCUGCAGCAGCUGCUUCUGCUACGGCCACUCCAAGGUGUGUGCCGCCGCUGCCGGGUUCCGGGAGCACCACAUCCUCUCUGACUUCCGCCAGGGAGCCGAGGGCUGGCGGGCCGGAAGCAUGGGGGACCCAGGACAUCCUGCACGAUGGAGCCCAGGGGGCCUCCUCCUGGACCCAGAGGAUGAGGAGGCAGAACUCACAGCACCAGAGAAGUUUCUGGGAGAUCAGCGAUUCAGCUACGGGCAGCCCCUCACACUGACCUUCCAGGUUCCCCCUGGGGGCUCCCCACUCUCCACGCAGCUGAGGCUGGAAGGGGCGGGCCUGGCCCUGACUCUGCGGCAUUCUGACUCACCCCACACCCCGGACUCUGGGCAGGCUGGGGAGGUGCGGCUGAAGUUCCUGCUGCAGGAAACCUCCGAGGACGUGGACCCUCCGCUGCCCCCCUUCCACUUCCAGCGGGUGCUCGCCAACCUGACUGCUCUGCGUAUCUGGACCAGUGGCCACAGCACCAGCUCUUCCGGUCCCGUGCUGCUGACUGAGGUCCAGCUCACAUCUGCCCAGCAGGGGCUGUCCCCACCAGCCUCCUGGGUGGAGACUUGUUCGUGUCCCCAGGGCUACACCGGCCAAUUCUGUGAGUCCUGCGCUCCAGGAUACAAGAGGGACACGCCCCUGGGGGGUCCCUAUGCCGGCUGCGUUCCCUGCACCUGUAACCAGCAUGGCACCUGUGACGCCAACACAGGGAUCUGCCUGUGCGGCCACCACACCGAGGGCCCGUCCUGUGAGCGCUGCUUGCCAGGUUUCUAUGGCAACCCCUUCACAGGCCAGGCCGACGACUGCCAGCCCUGCCCCUGCCCUGGACAAUCGGCCUGCACGACCAUCCCAGACAGUGGAGAAGUGGUGUGUACCCACUGCCCACCAAGCCAGAGAGGGCGGCGCUGUGAGAUCUGUGAUGAUGGCUUUUUCGGGGACCCACUGGGGCUCUCUGGGCGCCCCCAGCCCUGCCAGCCAUGUCAGUGCAGUGGAAACGUGGACCCCAACGCUGUGGGCAACUGUGACCCCCUGUCUGGCCGCUGCCUGCGAUGCCUGUACAACACGACCGGUGUCCACUGCGGGCACUGUCGGGAAGGCUUCUACGGGAGCGCCCUGGCCCCUCGGCCUGCAGACAAAUGCAUGCCCUGCAGCUGCAACCCGGAGGGCUCAGCCAGUGAGCAGAGACCCUGCGACCCAGCGACCGGCCAGUGCGCCUGCCUGCCCCACGUGACCGGACGGGACUGCGGCCACUGCAGCCCAGGCUUCCAUGACCUCCAGCCUGGCAGGGGCUGCCGGCGCUGCAAGUGCCACCCAUGGGGCUCCCAGGAGGACCAGUGCCACCCCAAGACUGGGCAAUGCCCCUGCCGUGCAGGUGUCGAGGGCCAGACCUGUGACCGAUGCCAGCUGGGUUUCUUCGGCUUUUCCAUCAAGGGCUGCCGCGACUGCAGGUGCUCCCCGCUGGGUGCCACCUCGCCCCAGUGCCACGAGAACAGCACGUGUGUGUGCAAGCCUGGCUUUGUGGGCUACAAGUGUGACCGCUGCCAGAACAACUUCUUCCUCACGGCCAGCGGCACGCAGUGCCAGGAGUGCCCGCCCUGCUACGCCCUGGUGAAGGAGGAGGCUGCCAAGCUGAAGGCCAGGCUGACCCUGAUGGAGGGAUGGCUGCAAGGGUCUGACUGCGGCAGGCCCUGGGGACCCCUGGACAUUCUACAGGGAGAGGCCCCACGGGGGGAUGUCUACCAGGGCCCCCACCUGCUGCAAGGGGCCCAGGAAGCCUUCUUGGAGCAGAUGACAGGCCUCGAGGGUGCUGUGAAGGCUGCCCGGGAGCAGCUGCAGGCGCUGGGCAGGAGUGCCCACUGUGCCCAGGCUGGAGCAGAGAAGACCUGCGUCCAGCUGGCGGACCUAGCGGCAGCACUGGAGUCCUCGGAAGAGGAGAUUCUGCACGCGACCACCAUCCUCGCAUCUCUGGUGAUUCCUCAGGAAGGACUCAGCCAACCUGCCAACUGGAGCCAGCUGGCCACAGAGGCACGUGCCCUUGCCAGGAGCCACAGGGACACCGCUACCAAGAUUGAGGCCACGGCUCGGAGGGCCCUGCUCGCCUCCAACACCAGCUAUGCACUUCUCUGGAGCCUGGUGGAGGGCCGAGUGGCCCUGGAGGCCCAGCAGGAGCUGGAGGACAGGUACCAGGAGGUACAAGCGGCCCAGAAGGCGCUGGGCACAGCUGUGGCAGAGGCGCUGCCCGAAGCUGAGAGGGUGCUGGCCGCCGUGCAGCAAGUCGGCGCAGACGCGGCCCUGCGCCUGGCCUCACCAGUGGCCCCAGCAUCACUGCCUCAGAAGUCCCAGGCCGAGGCCAUGAGCCUGAAGGUGCAGACGCUGGAGAAGACAGUCACGUCGAGGGAGCGCAUGGUGACCGAGGCUGCCCGGUCCCUGCAGGCCACCGCCCAGGCCGUGCUGCAGGAGAUGGAGCCCCUCACGCAGCUGCAGCAGGAAGCCAGAGCUGCCCUGACCCGAGCUUCCUCAUCUGUCCAGGCUGCCACAGUGACCGUCAUGGGAGCCAGGGCUCUGCUGGCUGACGUGGAAGGAAUGAAGCCGAGGUUUCCUCGGCCCAAGGACCAGGCCGCGCUGAGGAGGAAGGCGGCCAUCGUCCAGGACAGGAUCCUUGCAGACUCGAGAAAGAAGACCAAGCAGGCAGAGAGGAUGCUGGGAGAUGCAGCUUCUGUCUCCUCCAGGGCCAAGAAGAAGGGCAGGGAAGCCGAGCUGCUGGCCCAGGACAGUGCCAAGCUCGCCAAGGCCUUGCUGAGGGCAGGGAAGCAGGAACACCGCCGGGCUAGCCGGCUCUCCAGCCAGACUCGGGCGACCCUCAGACUGGCCUCCCAGCAGCUGCUGGCCUCAGAAGCGCACAGACAGGAGCUGGACACCGCUGAGCGGGAUGGUGCCAGGCUGAGCCAGAUGGAACGGCAGAUCCGGGAGUCACGCAGCUCCCUGGAGAAAGACAUCAAAGCCUUGUCAGAGCUGCUCACCAGGCUGAGGUUGCUAGACACCCACAGAGCCCCAGCCAGGGCCCUGGACGAGACCCAGCGGACACUGGAGCAUCUGAGGCUGCGGCUGGGUCCCCCAGGGGCCCUGCAGGGGAAACUGAGGCUCUUGGAGGAGGAGUCCAAGCUGCAGGAGCUGCAGAUCCAGAGCUUCGAGAGCGACCUCGCAGAGAUCCGCGCUGACAAGCAGAACCUGGAGGCCAUCCUGCACAGCCUGCCCGGGAGCUGUGCCAGCUGGCAGUGAGGGCUGCUGGGCCCCGAGGUGCCCCCAGACCCUGAGGUGCCCCCCCUUCCCAGCCCAGGGCCUGCACACCCCCGCAGGUGGGCUGUGCAGACACACCCACCAGAGCCUGCUGCCUCGCACCCUCCCGAGUCCGUGCUCACACUCCCUCCCCUCCGGCAGGAGUGAGUGUGCAUUCAGAGCUCACCCAGGUGGCUACGGUGUGCACACCCCCAACAGUGUGCACUCCCACGCCGUACACGCCUGCACGCACGCAGGUACACGUGGGCGUCUGUGAGUGUGCACAGCGCACAUGUGAACUAGUCCAUCCAUGUGUGCUGCGCCUCCCCGCUGGACUCUGAACACCCUGUGACAUACCCGGGCAGGGUCGGUACCCAGAAGGCUGAGUCGGGGGCCAUCUGCAGAGAUCCAGGGCGGGUUCAGCCACAGCCCCCGUCUCCAGACCUGCCCUCUCUCCUGCAGCACCCCCCCUAACCUAUCUCUCAUCCACCAUGAACACCCAGCCCAGCUGAGGGACCAGGCAGGUCAAGAGCUGCAAGAUGCUAAGGCUUCUCGGCAGAGGAAGCUGAGGCCCAGGGUUCCUGGGGCCCCAGGGCAGCCUGCUUGCUCGGCUGGCUGGGGCGUGGCCCACCCGGGAAAGGAGCCUCGUUGUUGGCUUCAAGGAGUGCCUCCCUUCUCAAGAUCCUGGGACUGGGUCGCAUUCACUGAAGGAACCGCCCACCCUGGGCCCUCGGCCCCUUGUAGGGUCAUGACCCUUUAAGGGGUCAUGGCCUGUCCAAAGAGCUGGGUCUCAUGGCCUGAGAGGGCCUGGGUUUUGGAGCUCUUUGUGACCCUGCCAACCCUGGUUGUCCUUUGACCGAUCAAUACUUCCCAAACUGGCCGCGCAGCCCUGCCAGCCCCACCUGCCACAAGGCAGGCCCAGCCAGGCACUGGGCUGGGAGGCCUGGCUGCCUUUCUACCCUGUCAUGCCGGGGAAUCCCCAUGCAGCCAGGCCCCCUGCCGACCUCUGCCCAGGAGUCUCGGCAUCUCCUCCUGGCUCUCCUUCCCUUCCCCGGGCUCUCUUCCAGCAGAUGGCAGGACCCUGGCACUGGGAGGGUGGGCACCUGGCACGGGGAGGAGCCUAGCCCCUUCCCAAUGCCCUUCCUGCCUCCCCCGCCCCCAGCAGGGGCGACAGGCAGCAGCUCAGACCAACUCUGUUUAACCAGUUCUGUUUAACAUGGCAAUAAAGGACUCCUGUACUA